AUGUCCACGUCUGAAGAGCACACGAGUGAGUUGCAGGCGCGCAUACGACAUCUCGAGGCAGAGCGUGCGCGCACGUCUGCGGAGACGGAGAGACUGCGCGCAGAGAACCACGAACUGCGACACUUGCUCGAGAUCAAGGGUCCGGACAUUGUGCGGACCCUCGAGGCCCGCGAUGCCGCGAUGCAGAAAUUGCAUCGGGCUCAGAGAUUUAUCCAAGAUCUGCUUGAUGAGCGCAGGGGUAUAGACAGGGCGAAAGAACAGAGGCGGUUCACACUAAACAACCGGCACCACAGGCGCAGACGCGGGAAAACCGCGCUGCUGGCUCAAGAUUCUGCUCUGGAGGGCUGGUACAUUGAAUAUUCGAGACCCCCUGCAACGGCGGUCCUGACAACUACCACGUCUUUGACAUACGCUGAAUUGCAAGAACGUUUGCGACUUGACGAUGAGACGACGCCCGGCAUGCGUGUUCAAAUCCACGGUGACUUGAUGUUUUUGUGUCAACCUAUAGUGUUGGAAGGCCCCGACUCGACAUACCUCGUGGACUGGGGUGAAGAAGCAGUGAACGAAGGCACCGUGAAGUAUCUCACGCAGAAUGAGUGCAGACCAGUGAACACCGUCUUCCAUGCUUUUGUGAACCCAAAGGCUCAGGAUGCCUGGUGGUAUCUUGGAGCACACAAGUUGAGUCCCGCGGACACGCCCUCAGUAUGGCACAAAAUCAUGUGGCAGAAAGGAGAGGCAAGUUGGCCCCUAGAGCUGCGUCGACCCAGCUCACCCGACCACUAUACCCAGGAGCGCAAGGAAUUAGCGUUGGUGCUGAGCGCGCGCUGGAAGGCCCCGCUGGGCAUAAAGGACAUUGCGCGGCGGAUCCGCACGCACGAGCUCAAGCAGUGUUGCAUCGAGCUUCGCAGCGAUGGCUUGCGAGCAGAAUCAGUCACGUUCACUGAGCGGGUGUUGAAAAUGAAGUAUCGCGUUCUGGACGAAGAGGAGGCUGGCUAG